CCCUCGCGACUUGUUUUUCCGCUUCCGGUAUGCGCGGAAGCGUCGCCUGGCGGCGGGUUCGCGUUUUCCCGCCUUUUCCUCCUCCGCCUCGGGCUCUUUACGACAGAGCGAGGGAAGCAGCAGCGACGUCAGGGAGAUGGAAAGGGCGACGGCCGCGUCUGGCGCUCCAGAAGAGGACGGCGGCAACGACAGCAACACUUCUACGGGCGGCGAAGAGGGCGACAGGAACGCCGAGGAGCCGGUCGUGUCGCUAGCCGAGGUGCUGGCCGAAAGCGAGGAGUUGGAGAACGAAGCGCGCGCCGUGCUGGGCGGGAGCGAUCACGAGCGCUGCAGUUACUCUCAGGGUCCUGUAAAGAGGCAGGCAUUGUAUGCCUGCAGUACAUGUACACCAUCAGGUGAAGAACCAGCAGGGAUUUGUUUAGCAUGCAGCUAUGAAUGCCAUGGCUCUCACAAGUUAUUUGAGUUAUAUACAAAAAGAAACUUUUGUUGUGAUUGUGGAAACAGCAAGUUCAAAAAUCUGAAAUGCAAACUACAUCCUGAAAAGGCAACAGUGAAUCCAGCAAAUAAAUAUAAUGAUAAUUUCUAUGGAUUAUAUUGUGUUUGUAAAAGACCUUACCCAGAUCCUGAUGAUGAGAUUCCAGAUGAAAUGAUCCAGUGCAUAGUUUGUGAAGAUUGGUUUCAUGGAAGGCAUCUUGGUGUUGUCCCUCCAGAUAGUGGGGAUUUUCAUGAAAUGGUAUGUCAGUCUUGCAUGGAUCAUUGCCCUUUCUUGUGGGCAUAUGCCUCGCGGUUAGCAGUUCCAACUGUGACCAAAGUUAUUGCUGGAGCUGAUGAUGGAACUGUGCUGAAUGUUGAAGAAACUGAAGUAAUCAAAAACGAAAACAGUGUAGAUCAAAUGAAGACUGAAGAUAAAAUAAUACAAAUUAAUGAACCGUCUACCAGUUCUGGCAAUGAAUGUUCAGUGCCAGUUAAGAAGGAAAUACUGGUAUGUAAGCUGCAAGAACUUCAAGCCAAGCAGAACCUGAAGCAAAAUACAGCCACCUUCUGGCCACACAACUGGCGAAGCAAAUUGUGCACCUGCAAAGAAUGUGUGAAAAUGUAUUCUGAUAUGGAAGUCCCAUUCCUAACAGAUGAAUGUGAUACUGUCUUGGCUUAUGAAAAUAAAGGGACAAAUGACCAAGAAGCAGAUAGAAGAGAUCCUCUAAUGGACACACUUAACAGUAUGAACAGAGUACAACAGGUAGAACUCAUCUGCGAAUACAAUGAUUUGAAAACAGAAUUGACAGACUAUUUGAGAAGAUUUGCAAAUGAAGGAACAGUUGUUAAACGAGAGGACAUUCAGCAAUUUUUUGAAGAAUUUCAAUCUCGAAAGAGGAGGAGGGUAGAUCAGAUGCAGUACUACUGUAGCUAGACUAGAUUGGAAGUCUUACAUAUACAGCUGUCUCUGCUAAAUUCUGGGGUUUCUCUCCCAAUUUAAAUCUAACUUCUUGUUCAUCUUGAUUUGUGUCCUAGAAGGCUGAGUUUAUUAUUUGCAGCCACAAGCGUACACCAGUUUCCUAGUAACUAUGCUGAGAAGUGAAAUGAUCAUGGAUUCACACAGAAUGUCACUUGUGUCAAAGAAAGGGCUGGUUAGUUUUCAGAAGAUAUUUACUUAGAAACUAUACUGAUUGCCUCUUAAGACAAUAUGGGUGACAACAAUCUUUUUAUGAAUUAAAGGAAAAACCUAGAUAAAGGUCUUAAUGAAUUAGCAUUCAGGGUCAAGGUACUUGUUUCUCAAAGACUUAUUUGAAUGCAAGAUUUCAUAUCCGCUUGGUUUUAGGACAUUCAUUAUGGUAUAUUCUGCUAGCUGUUGCUGUUAAAAAGCCAAUUUGGAUCAUUAUAUGGCUUGCUGAAUUAGUUGAAGUACAACUUUUAGCUAAAAUUAGACUUUCAUGAUUUUUGAAUGAAUAUGACUGAGGCCAGUGUGUGUAUUAUAAACAGCUGUUAACUGGUAGGCAAUGAUAGUGCAGAGGCUUAGUGAUAUUAUCACCAAUAUGUUUUGACUGAUUGCCAGCACAAAUGUGUAAAUUGCUUUUUGGUAGGUCAUACUUAUCAGGUUAAUCUAUUGACUUUUUAAGACUGAAAGGAGUAUCUGAAAUUGACUUAAUGUAAUUGCAAAUGUUUAGGAAACAGCUAAAAGCUAAAAACUACCGAACUAAAAUAUGGCUGUGAUCUUUUGUAAUUAUGUUAGAGAAUUCAAACCCUUAAUAUUGCAAAGACUGUUUAAAACAUUUAAGUACAUCUAUUUUUUAUUGGUUAAAUUUAUCAUCUAACUAUUAGAAAUUCACAGCAAUCAUGCUGUAUACCAAUACCUCAAUAAAAUGGUAUUUUAAAUUUUAAGUUGGUGAGUGUUGUAAUAGCAAAGGCUAGUUCUAAACAUUUAAAGCUGAACACAUUAUGCAUUUGCUCAUCUAGUAGGAUGUUUCCACCCGAUUCCCAUCGUCACAGAAAACUGGCUGUUCAUAGGUUAUGAUUUUUCUCAUAUUUUAAAUUAAUUAAGAGACACUGCUAUAGCCAUAAGAUGUGGUUCUCUUGAGUGCAGUGUGGCUUUUAUAUUGCUGUUAGAAUGGUAUGAAAAAUAACCAACGUUACAUUAGAAAUAAUAAGCAAUUGUCUUACAUAAUUACAGAGUUUUUAAAGGAGGCGUGAUGCAUUAUGGUAAGUAUCCAUUGCCAAGCUGCAAUUUGCUAUGUGUUUUUACUCCUGACAAAUAUAAUAGGACAGAAGGAAAUGAAAAUCUAUCCCUGCUGGAGAGCAAUACCAAACAGAAAUUACCCCAAUAAAUUUGAAUUAUGACUGGUUUAGUAUGUUAAAGUGCCAAAUGAUUAUCUUUUCUAUUCUACCCAGUAAGGAAUCUGAACGUCCACAUAAAUCAACUAUUAGAUCUAAGCAAACUGUAAUAUAAUUCAAUUACAUCUAUCAAUUACAGAUUUAUUUUAACCAAAGAACAGAUAAUCUACAACAGAAUAUACAAAAUUUUUCAUGCACAGAAGUAGGAAUGUCUUUUCUCUUAGCUGUCUCAAAAGUUUUAUCACUAUCAAUUUACUAAUGAUGUUGCAUGCAGGUUCAUCUUUCCUACCUUUGUAUUUGGACAGUCCUCACAUUAAGUUUUGAUGAUAAGCUAUGAGUAGAAUGCAGUAACAUGGGGAAAGUUUGGUACUCUAGAGUCAUCUCAAGGCAAGCAAUGUAGACUGGAGUGACAUGACAUAUUUUGCAGUGUUUCCUACAGUCUGUGAGACUGUUUAAAUCCUGGAUGUGCUAAUUUGUUAUGUCAUCCUUUCAUACUUCCUGAGGUGAAGUAUAACCAGUGGCGACAUAAUACUAGGAUUAUUGAUGGAAAGGAAAAUGCAUUGUUCCAAACCAGGAACAAACCAUCACAUUCCAGAAGUUCUGGUAAGCCAUUGAGAUCAGCCACAGUUGACCAGGGACAAAAGAUUGAGUAAUGUAUGAAUUUGCACUAAAACAAAAUCCAAAUAUACAGUGAUUCUACAAGGCAAGUAGGGCAAGGCUGGUGUGCAUCACUUUCUCCAGCAGUUUCAGCAUGGCAUAUCCCACCUACCCGCUUACCUCUUCAAAUCUUCCCAAUGCUUUCUUUCCCUUCCUUAAAUUACUGCUGCCAAUAUCCUUAGCUCUUUUUCCCUGCCUUGUACCACUUUGUCCCAGAAUAAAACCAUCUGUUUUAUUUCAUGUAUGGGCCAAAGUGUGCUUCAGUUGGAUAUGGAUUACUUGAAACAUUUUAUGCAUCCAUAUUUAUAUAACCGCAGCCCUAUAUGCGGCUUUACUUAAUACCUGGCCAGAGCGAGCUCCAUAAUAAACACUUGAGAAGGAUACAGAAUACAUUUCAUUAGGGCAGCUUUGAUAGACCAUGAGGUCUUAAGGCAAUUCAUUUAGUUUGAAUAUCAGAAAGUCACUGAAAGGCAGAGUAAGCCAUUAAUAGCUGGAAUGUGGUGUGGUUAGCUUCCUGUCAUGCAGCAAGUAAUAUAGUCAACACUUCCAAUGCAGAUGAGACAAAGAGAAAACACUUUUAAUAUCUUGUUAAACGUGAAUGAAUGAUCUCAGUCAAGAAAAUAAAUCUUAAGUAUAGAAUUAAAACCAACAAAAAUUACGGGACACUGAGUAAGCUUUCUUCAGAACUCAAAUUAACCUGAAAGUUAAAUGACUAGUGCAAAAGAUGAGAAGUGGGCAUAAAAGAAAAAUCCUAAAAUUAGAGGUGAGAGCUUUAUGAAUAUACUGAAAAAGAUUGUCUCCUUACCUAUAUUCUGUGGUACGCCUACCUCCAUACCCUUCCCAAUUAUUUGAGAACACAUGCUGGGAUCUUCGUCAUGGUCUGCUUUUUCUUUUCCUUGCUUCUACUUUAAUGUUCAUUAUAUGGCACUUGAAUUGUUUCAAAUAAAGAUAUUGCCUACUGUAA